GAGCACUGUCGAUUGAAAUGUUUCUUUAUUUCAGCGAUUUAACCACCAAACGCUUUAAAUAACACUCACAGAAACAGCUCAGUAUAUUUGCUUCGUGGCUAGCUGUGUAGUGGACUCUCCCACUGUUAAAUUAACCUUUAGAAGAACACCGGCGUUUUUUCUGCGUCACCCUAAUUGCUCGAUGUUUGCUAGCCUAACGUUAUGCACCUGUAUCAACAAACAAGCUAACCUGCUAACUAGUUUGUGAGCCGGGUUAACCCUUUUACAUUUUAAGACCAAAGCUAAAAUAAAUAGCUAGAUAGCUAGGUAGCUAUCUGCUCUCGGAUAUCGGCUGUCUGCGCUGCUAUUAUGAUAACAACACACUUAUUUAAAGGUCGUGAUCUACAGACAGACAGAGAAGCCAUUUUGUCAGUAUAACAACUUGAAUACAUCAGCAAGUCUCCGAAAAGUCAUGGCAGACCUUGGCAUCAAACCAGGGGACAAGGUGAUGCUGGUUUGGACUCAGCCGUCAGCACCAGAGGCCCUGAAACAAUAUGUAGAGGAACUGGGGGCCAUUGUUGGUGCGGACUGCAAAGUGUCAGUGGAGAACAUGGAGAGACUCCUGCUGUCCUCCUACUCGGCGUCCAGCUUUGACUGGGUGCUGUCUUGUCUCCUGGCCGACUGCUCCUCCGUCCACAGCUCAGAGACUCUAGCAGAAAUGGCCAGAUUGCUCAAACCUGGUGGGAAGCUAGUUCUGGAUGAAGCAGUUACAGGAGCUGAGGCACAGAGUGUGCGGACUGCUGAGAAGCUGAUUUCAGCUCUGAAGUUGUCAGGCUUCAUGUCAGUGACAGAGGUCAGUAAAGCACAGCUAAGUCCUGAGGCGUUGAGCUCCCUUUGUACGGCCACUGGUUACCAAGGAGACAAUCUGUCUAGAGUCCGCAUAUCUGCCUCCAAACCCAGUUUUGAGGUGGGAUCAUCCAGCCAGAUUAAACUGUCAUUCGGGAAAAAGCCAGCAGAGAAACCUGCUCUGGAUCCCAACGCUGUCAAAAUGUGGACACUGUCAGCCAAUGACAUGGAUGAUGAUGAUGUGGAUCUGGUGGACUCUGAUGCUUUGCUGGAUGAAGAAGACUUGAAGAAGCCAGACCCAUUAUCUCUUAAAGCCCCCACAUGUGGAGAAGGAGCCACCAAGAAGAAAGCCUGCAAGAACUGCACAUGUGGGCUUGCUGAGGAGCUGGAGCAGGACAGUAAAGCAAAACAGAAGACUAACCUGCCAAAAUCUUCCUGUGGAAGUUGUUACCUUGGUGAUGCGUUCCGGUGUGCCAGCUGUCCGUACAUGGGGAUGCCAGCGUUCAAACCCGGAGAGAAGAUUGUGCUGGACAACAUGACGCUGACAGAUGCUUGAAACUCAAGCUUCACACAUCCUACCGCUCAUGCCUCAAAAUAUUACAUUCCUUUCCCCCCCAUCCCCACUGAAACACCCCUGGAGUCGUGGUUUCCUCUGCAAAAAUGAGCGGACGUGAUUACAGAUGUGAUGGGGUUUGGGCAUUGCAGUUUUCCUCCUGCUGUUAAUUAUGCAAAUGAUGGUGAGAGUUACCAAGGGGGGUUCUUUCUAGUACGUAAAAGCACUGAAAUGCUUGUUCUUGUUCUAUUCAUAUCUGACUAUGACAUAUCAGUAUGAAGUAAAACUACCAAAUGUUCACCAGUACAAUUGAAGCAUACAGAGGUCCAUAGAAACUGUCCAAUUCAAGCUUAUUUAUGUAUGUAAAGGAAAAUAGUAUGGCCAUAAAACAUGUGGCCUUUUUGUGUUUCAUUUUAAUACAAUAAACUGAAGCCCGAUGUUUCUGUU